AUGAGUGCAAGACAGAAAGUCCUAGUCAUAGGGGCUGGUGAGCUAGGCUAUCAGGUUUUGAAUUCUCUGGCUAAACACCCUCGCCAAGCUGAGGCUGUAGCUGUCUUACUGCGCCCUGGCAGCAUCUCAUCCACCAACUCCUCAAAAAAGGAGCAAAACGAGCGUUUGCGCUCAUUUGGAAUUUCCCUCAUCUCCGGAGAUAUCCUUGAAGACUCCGAAUCAGCACUGGUGUCAAUUUUCAAAGGAUACGAUAUAAUCAUCGGCUGUGCGGGAUUUGUAUCCGGCAAAGGCGUACAGUCGAAAGUGACACGCGCAGUCUUGAAAGCCAAAGUACCAUAUUAUAUCCCGUGGCAAUUCGGCGUGGACUAUGAUUUGAUCGGCCGCGGUUCUCCUCAAGAUCUCUUCGACGAACAGCUAGAUGUCCGCGAUCUGCUCCGGUCGCAAAAUGAAACACGCUGGACCAUCAUAUCAACCGGCAUGUUCACAAGCUUUUUAUUCGAGCCCUUUUUCGGGGUGGUAGAUCUUCAAAACGGAACUGUGUCUGCCUUGGGAGGCUGGGAGAAUCAAGUCACCGUCACGACUCCUGCUGAUAUUGGCCGGUUUACAGCGGAGAUUGUACUGGGAGAAGGCUGGGAGGAAAAUUUCGCAGAUUGUCCGAUUUUCAUUGGAGGCGAUACUAUCAGUUAUGAAGAGCUGGCACAGUUGAUAGAGAGAGUGACUGGGAAAGUAGUAAAGAGGAAUGUUCGUGCAAUUCCAGAAAUCAAAGCGGCCCUUUCACAAGAGCCGGAUAACGGGAUACUCAAGUACCAGGCGGUAUUUGGUCAGGGUCGAGGUGUCGCGUGGGAUAUCUCGAAGGCAUGGAAUACGCAGAAAGGACUGCGUACUAUAACGGCAGAAGAGUGGGCUAAGAAUAAUUUAGUUUGA